AUUGCUGUUGUUGUUGUUAUUGUUGUUGUUUUAACCGAUAUUUGAUGAAAAGAAUGGAAACGUUCCACUUUUAUAUUUACAUGAAGCAAAACCUGCAUUUACUCUAAUCAAAGCUCCUAAUCUAUAAAUAGAUUACAAAAACACGAGUUAGCUGAACCUGAAUAAUGCUUUUCUAUCUUAAUACAGCAACAGUAUGUUAUUUUUGAGCAAUUUACAAAUAAAAAAUAUUAAAAAAUAAAGAUUUUGUUCCGAUAGUACUUGAACGCAACUGAGAGUUGCGCUCUUCUGCGCUUGCGCGAGUUACCCCGGAAGAUGGUUGUGUUGUCGAUCAAUGCUCUUUUCAAGGAAAACCAGAACUUUUAACCAAACAUUUUGUCCUUCUGGAUUGAGGACGUUCCUCAAAUUACCUUUAUUAUGUUCUGUCCGAGUGGAGGACAUGAGUCGUUUAGCUUGUAAAACACAGACCUUGUGUUAUUUUGAUAAUUUAUGAUAGCUAGCUGUUAGCUAGUUUGUUAUUAGGCUGGUCUUUCUGUCAACAAGUUUCGGUCAUCAUGGACUGCACUCAGCUGGAGCAGGAUGCUGUAAAAUUCGCCAAAGCAGCUGUAACGUAUGACCAACACGCCAAAUACAACGAUGCUGUGUUUUAUUAUAAAGAAGCAGCUCAGGCUCUCAUUUAUGCUGGGAUGGCAGGAUCCAAACUAGAGGGAAUCCAGGAUAAAGUGAAUGAAUACCUGGAUCGGGUUCAGGCCCUCCAUAAUGCAGUUCAGAAAAUGGACCCCCUGAAGUCCCGGCAGCAGGUGGAUCUGGAGCGAGCCCACUUCCUGGUUACUCAGGCUUUUGAGGAAGACGAGAAAGGAAACGACGACGAGGCGAUUGAGCUGUACACUCAGGCGGUGGAGUUGUGCAUUAAGACGUCAAACGAGACUUCAGAUCCAGCUCUCCAGAACAAACUGAAGCAGCUCGCACGCCAAGCUUUGGACAGAGCUGAAGGUCUCAAAGAGUCUCAAUCGAAAUCCACUUCAGCCCAGAGUCAGGACAGAGCCGGGACUCCUGGUACCAAGCCCGGUAGUAGUUCAAGCUCGGGACCCUCGCGUCAGUUUUUCCCUCUUGGGCCAGACUUCUCCCUCCACGACCGAUCACAGCCCCAGCCCGUCCGGCCGGUCCAGUCCAGUGAGCCCCAGGGCCAGCGCUACACGUCAGAGGAGAUCGAGGUUCUCAGGAGUACAUCAACAAUCAACAACAUCGCCUAUGUGCCCUUCAUGAGUGUGGAUUUAAAGGAGCGGUUUGCCUUCCCGGUUCCUUUUUCGGAUAAAACGGGGAAACUUGCGCUGUCUCCCAAACAGAAAGCCAUCUUCUCACGCUGGGUUCGUCCAGACGAGAUCAGCAAUAAUCCCACCAUGAUUAUGUCUGUGUCCAGCUUCAGCAUCAAACAGACUGUGGUGUCUGACUGUUCCUUUGUGGCAUCACUCGCCAUCAGUGCGGCCUAUGAGAGGCGCUACAACAAAAAACUCAUCACCAGCAUAAUCUACCCACAGAACAGACGAGGAGAGCCCGAGUAUAACCCUUGUGGGAAGUACAUGGUUAAGCUUCACAUCAAUGGCGUUCCCAGAAAGGUGAUUAUAGAUGACUUCCUGCCGGUGGAUUGUAAUGGGGAGCUGCUGUGCUCCUACUCCAGCAACAGGAAUGAACUGUGGGUGUCUCUGAUUGAAAAGGCCUACAUGAAGGUGAUGGGCGGCUACGACUUCCCCGGCUCCAACUCGAAUAUUGAUCUUCACGCGCUCACUGGCUGGAUCCCUGAACGCAUCGCUAUGCACUCUGACAAUCAGUCAUUCAGCAAGGAUGACACCUUCCGGAUGCUCUUCCAGAGAUUUCACAGGGGGGACGUUCUUAUCACCACGGCAACGGGCGUGAUGACAGAGGAAGAAGGGGAGAAAUGGGGUUUAGUGCCGACUCAUGCCUAUGCUGUUCUUGACAUUAGGGAAUAUAAGGGAAUGCGUUUUCUGCAGCUGAAGAACCCGUGGAGUCAUUUGCGGUGGAAGGGGCGCUACAGCGAGCGUGAUGAGAAAAACUGGACCCCUGAGCUCCUCAAGUACCUCAACUUUGACCCAAAGACAGCAAAGAAGUUUGAUAAUGGUGUCUUCUGGAUCGCAUGGGAGGACCUUUGUCAGUACUACGAUGUCAUUUACCUGAGCUGGAGUCCUGCUUUGUUCAGGGAGUCCUCUUGCAUUCACAGCAGCUGGGAUGGAAAGCAGGGACCAGUGAAGGACGUCUACAGCCUCGCAAACAACCCUCAGUACAGACUGGAAGUCACUUGUCCUGCAGGGGGUGCUGCAGUGUGGGUGCUCCUCACCAGACACAUCACAGAUAAGGAUGAUUUUGCACAAAACAGGGAGUUUAUCACUCUGGUUGUUUACAAAACAGAUGGCAAGAAGGUUUACUACCCAGCUGACCCUCCUCCUUACAUCGAUGGCAUCCGCAUUAACAGCCCGCAUUAUCUGACCAAGAUGAGGCUGACCAGCGCUGGAACACACACCUUCACCCUGGUGGUUUCCCAGUACGAGAAGCAGAACACCAUCAACUACACGCUACGGGUCUAUUCUGGAUGUAAAUUCUCCUUCUCCAAGAUCCCAAAUCCCUUCACUCACAUAAAAAGGAUCAACGGUCAGUGGAAGGGCAUCAGCGCUGGAGGAUGUGGAAACUAUAAAGACUCCUACAAACACAACCCCAUCUACCAGAUUAAUAUGGAGCGACCCGGCCCUCUGCUCGUCGAGCUGCGAGGAUCCAGGCAGUACAGUGUUGGUUUUGAGAUGGUGACGGUGUCGACGGUGGGCGAUCCUGGAGCGGCAGCCUUCCAGAAGAAGAGCAGUGGAGAUUACAGAUGUGGCUUCUGUUACAUGGAGCUGGAGCACGUCCCAGCAGGAAUCUACAACGUCACGCCCACCACCUUCCUGCCCAAACAGGAAGGCCCUUUCUUCUUGGACUUCGGCAGCACUUCCCCUCUCAAAGUGUCCCAGCUCCAAUGAUGGAGCCGCUCCGGUGCUGAGGAAGGUACUUAUAGAAGAGUAGGAAACUGCAGCGUUCUUCAGGUUCUCUUCGAAGAAAUCUCAAAUUCACAUAUUUUGAUCUUGAACUGCAACACCACAGUAAUUUAAACCACCUGACUCCGCCUGCAUGUGACCAGCCGACAACACAGCUCAUCCGCCACGUGGAAUAUAACCAAUCUAUUCUAUCUGCUGGACUUUAGACACCUAACAACUUAGGAGGAGGUUCAGGCGGUUACAGCACAACUGGAUCUCCAGAAAUGCAUUUAAAGCUUAUUCAUUAAAAAUACUCUAAUAGUAACAUGUUUUUGGAAAAAAAUGUUUCAAGAAGUUUGACUCCUUUUCUAAGAAAAGAAAAAUGAAAAAGUUUGUGAAUUUAUGCCAGAAAGAAAUAGAAAAAGAUGUAUUUAUGUUUAAAUCAUCAGUUGCAAUCCUCACUUCUUUAAAAUUAGACAUAAAUCUAAAGUUUCCUUAGUGGAUUCACUCCCAAUAAAAUCUGAUUGUAUUGAUCUUUUCUCAGAAUAGUAAAGGACAUAUUCCCACAGAAUUAUGUUUAGUUUUUUAUUACAAAGUGUAUUUAAGCAGCUGUUUUGCAGUGGGUCAGAUGUAAGGAAAGCCCCUGAAGACCUGGAUUGGUUUGAACUCUCAGGAGCAGCGCUGCAGCAGAUGAAUGAUGUCUCUUCACACUGUUUGAGGGCUGAAAUGUCUAAAUGUUUGUCCCACAAAUCUGCAGGUUUAAAAUGAUCUUUAGUUAAACACAUGGACUGUUUACUUUUGUUUGUCGUUUUUUUUUUUUCCUAUAUUGGUCACGUUGACUGAGGUUCAUUUAAGAUCAGUCACCACUGCAGGUAUAAAAGCACAUCUUCCCUUCAUAAACAAGUUCAAACCUGCUCCAGUUUAACCUUAAAAGUCUAAACUUUACACUUUUCUUUAUCUUAAACCCAAACUGCCUUUUUAUUUUCCUCUGGAGAGAUCAAUCGUCUCUAUGGAAACUGAAUGAAUAAUUUGAAGCCUCAACCAUGAUUUGUUUUUAUCAAGUAUGCAUAUUUAAUAUAGUUUAUAUUUUAAUAAUAAUAUAUAUUUAUUACACUCAAUUUUUCCCACUUGUACUUUACAUUUCACCUCACACGUGGCCCUUUUUUAUACUUUUCUUUCCCCCUAAAAGACCCAAUCUGAUCAUCUUUCGAUCUAUUUUCAAAAUAUUCCCACCAAUCUUUUGUUUAUGAUUAUCAUUUUUAGCCAAAAUAUUAACAAACGUAAUUUUUUUUUACUUAGUUUCUACAGAAAUAUAGAAAUUACAUUUGAAAGUUGAGGGCAAAAUUCUAGGUGCAGAGCAACCCUACCCCCAUUCCCAUCACCCAUAACUUUGAUAUCUGUUUACACAUUGACCUGCUAGCUUAAUAUCAAGCUAACAUUAACAGAGCAACAAAAAUGGUGAGCAAUAUUGGAGCUAUCCAGCUGUACAGCUUUGACCCAGAUGGCUAAGGAGGCAAAUCCAGACUGUUAAGAUUUUAAAACGAAAUAAAGCAACUUGAAAAAAACAUUGGUCUUUUUAAAGUUUCUUUUUCAGCAAAGAAUUUAAAGUUUUUUUUGUUUCAAAAUUAAAAAAAUUUCAGUGUCAAAUCUUUUUUUUUUCCAGUUUCAAAUCUGAAAAUUUCAGGUUAGAAACUUUUGGCCCCUUUCUGGCGUGUGGGGGCGGGGCUAACAUGAAGGAUCAAUCAAAAUGGAUGAGGGUGGUAACCUGUCCUGGUGCAUUUACUGACUCUGAGAACACACAACUGCACUUCAUUUUUUUUCUCAUGCGGGAAUUGUGAGUUCUAAAUUUUUUUGUUUUGAAACCUAAAACCAGAAAAUUUUAAGCUUAAAAUAAUUGCAUUUAUUUUAGAAUUGCAGAAAGCUUGAAUUUUUUAUUAUCCAAUAUUUUUGCCAAUAACCAAUAUUUUUUCAUGUUGUUUUAUUUGGGUUUUAAAUCUCAAUGGCUCUGAUUUGGCUUUAUAGAUGAAGAAAACAAAGAUGUACAUGGAUCUAAUUUUCUACAAGUGGAUGCAUCAGAAUGGAGUAACAAACACAAUUUUCUUUCCUGCCAUCUGCUCCUAUGCACAAUGAUUUGAGUAAAGAAAUACUUAAAUGUAAUUUUGAGCUUAAUUUUCCUUAUAAAUGUCCUAAAUCAUCAGAAAAAUGCAAAAAUCCUGUUAGAAACACCCCAAAACACAUUUUUUAUUGGCUUGGGUCAUAUAUUAAUUAUAAUUAUAGGCGUUUUUAUGCAGCUCCAUCCUUUCCAUUUGGAAUAAGUGUCACAUAAACUUGGUGCUUUCCAUAACCAUUGAUAUAUGUAUGUCAAAAAAGUUAAAUAAACUAUUGCCAAGUAUCUAUUUUUUAUGAUUUGUAUUUUAUUUUUGUUUGCUUCAUUCAAUAAUGCACAGGGACAAUCUUGCAGCAGCAUGUUUUUAUGAAUGUUGAUGUAACGUCUGAGUAGAACGAUCCUGUAAAUACAGAAACUUGAACCUCCAU